GAGCAGCUCUGAGUGAGCGGCAGCGCCGAAAGCAACACUGAGUGUGGAAGUAAUAACGGCGGGCUGAACGGGAGCGGGUGCGCAGUGAGGAGAAACCAGCAGGCGGCUCUGGGUUCGCUCGCGCUCGCUGCUCCGGUUGUCAAGGCUGUGUGACUUCUCCUCGUUGCGGCUGGACGGUGACUGCUCAGAACGGACCAGAACUCUCGGAUUUUUUCCCCUUUGGAUUUCUAUAUUCUGUUCUCGCUGACGGACUCUCAACCGCUGACUGCCAACACUUGGAAGGAGGGAGAGCAAAGCUUCCUGUCCUGCAAGAAUGAAGAACAACAGGCUGAACCUGGGAAGUUUCACACACCUCUCAUUCCAUCUCCACUUCCCUCCCAUGCUCCUGCUCCUAACCUCAUCUUCAUUUCUCACCCUGUCGUGGCUCUGGAAGGGAUGCAACCAUGGUACUGAAGCCCGCCUGCUCUGACACAGUGACUCCAGACAGAAAGACAGACUGGCUGAUACACACUGAAAAAGAAGUGGGCAGAUAAGCAGAUAGGAGGACAGAGGGGAGAAGUACAACCUCUCAUUGAGUGGUGGCCAGAGUGACAGAAGAGCACAUGAGGAUCAGAAACAGCACGACAGCAACAUCCUGACCGCUAACCUUGCUUCUGCACCCCACCACGCGCCCAGCGACUCCAGUGAGCGGGCGUCAGAAGGAAGGAAACACGCGACCACUCCUCCUGCAGGCAUGAGGUCCUUCCGUUCCUUCAGUAACGAUGACCGCCACGUCAUGGCAAAACACUCCACCAUCUACCCCUCCUCUCAAGAGCUAGAGGCAGUCCAGACACUGGUGUCUACUGUCGAGUGCGCCCUCAAACAUGUCUCUGAUUGGCUGGAUCAGAGCAGCGGCGACAUCCACAGCCAGGUCGACGGGCAACCGGCAGACAGCACAGAAGAGGACGACCCAGGCGAUGAGCCCAGUGAUGAAACUGAGGAAUCCAGUGACAGCUACAGAGAGCCCAGCAGUGGUGGUGUGCUGUGUGGAGUGAUGAGGAUCGGCCUGGUUGCCAAAGGCCUCCUGAUCAAAGGAGACAUGGACCUGGAGCUGGUGCUGAUGUGCAGAGACAAACCCACACAGACACUGCUGGACACUGUCUGUCACAAUUUACCCACACAGAUAGAGAAACUGACAGAAGAGAAAUAUGAGGUCACAAGCUCCUUGCCCGAGGCGGCCAUCUUGGUACGAACUACAACAGAGCCCAAACUCACACUGAAGAUUACCCUCACCUCGCCAGCCAUGAGGGAAGACAUGGAGGACGAGGAGGAGGAAGAGGAGGAGGAUCAGGGAGUGGAAAAUGGGGAGGAAGUGGAGGAGGAGGAGGAGGAGGAGGAGGAAGAAGUGCAGGAAGUGCAGCAGGAAGAGGAGGAGCAGGAGAAGAACGGGCGAGUGUUGGGUGCUGCUGCGCAGAGAGUGGAGGCUGAGGAGGAGGAGGAGGAGGGGGAGGUGCUGGAUAGACACAGAUGUCUGUUGGCCCUGGCAGCGCUGCGACACGCCAAGUGGUUCCAGGCUCGAGUGAACGGGCUCAAGUCCUGCGUUAUUGUCCUCAGGAUACUCAGAGACAUGUGCAAUAGACACCCUGUCUGGGAGCCUCUCAAGGGAUGGCCCUUGGAGCUUAUCUGUGAAAAGGCAAUUGCCACCUGCAACAGACCCCUCGGGGCAGGAGAAGCCCUGCGUCGAGUCAUGGAGUGUCUGGCCUCGGGCAUACUGCUACCAGGUGGUCCAGGUUUACACGACCCAUGUGAGAAAGAGCCAACAAAUACACUAGCCAACAUGACCGACCAGCAGGCUGAGGCCAUUACCUACAGCGCACAGCAUGCUCUCAGACUCAUGGCAUUCGGACAGAUCUACAAGGUGUUGGAGAUGGAGCCUCUCCCCUCAAAUAAACCAUCACAGAAAUACCCUUGGUCUGAUAAAGAGGGCUUAGGUCUGAAGAGGCCAUACGAGGAUGGAGCAAUGGAUGACAAGGACCUCAUUAAGAAGAUGAAGAGGAAUCUGAGGAAAGUGUUGGACAGCAAAGCCAUAGACUCCAACCAGCCAAUGAAUGCUCUGAUGAGGCUGAACCAGAUCCGGCCAGGGCUGCAGUAUCGGCUGCUGUCCCAGUCGGGCCCGGUUCACGCUCCCGUCUUCACCAUGUCCGUGGAUCUGGACGGAACCAUUUAUGAAGCGUCUGGAUCAUCCAAGAAGACCGCCAAGCUCCACGUCGCCGUCAAGGUUCUCCAGGCGAUGGGCUACCCAACAGGUUUCGACUCAGACCUGGACCCCAUGAGUUCAGAUGAGAAGUCGGAUGGCGAGGGGAAGAGCGAGACGUCCUCACAUACUAGCAAUAACCCAACACACUCCUCAGACAGUUCCAACACGCUGGAGGUGCGAACUCAGGGCCCCAUACUGACAGCAAGUGGGAAGAAUCCCGUCAUGGAGCUAAACGAGAAGAGACGAGGACUCAAAUAUGAGCUCAUCUCUGAAAGUGGAGGCAGCCACGAUAAACGUUUUAUUAUGGAGGUGGAGGUCGAUGGGCAGAAGUUUCGUGGGGCAGGCCCCAACAAAAAGGUAGCAAAGGCCAGCGCUGCUCUAGCAGCUCUGGAAAAACUCUUCUCCGGUCCCAACGCAGCUGCAAACAAGAAAAAGAAGAUAUUGCCUCAGACUAAAGGAGCCCUAGCGGCGGCAGCAGCAGCCUCGGCAGUAGCAGCUCAGGUAGCCAGAGGAAGAGGAAGAGCAGCCCUCGCGAGAGGAGCCUUCGUCAGCACAGCUGCACCUGGAUACGUCACGCCAGGCUUUGGGACACCGUAUGGCUACAGUCCUGCUGCAGCAGCUGCUCCUGCAUACGGUGGACUUUUCAUUGACAAUCCCUUCUACCAGCCGCGGACCAUCGCUCCUUUUAUCAUUCAUCUGGGUCCCCAGGAUCUCUUCUCUGACUUCUAGAGGCAGCAGGUUGUUGGAUGCUUUAUUCACACUCACCUGGCUGCUCACAUGCCCACCUGUUUUUUUCUGUCCGUCUUGAGUGGGCUGCCUUUCUAUCCCAGCAGACGUACUUGCAGAUCUAAAACUUCUUCUUUUUUUUCCGGUUUGAUCGGUCCGCUGGGGAAAAAAAAAACUAAAAUUUUCCUGCCCAGACGAUGGCGGAAGAUCUAUCUGACCUACUGACCUGAGAGGCUCAGAGCUCCUCACUCUCUCUCUUUCUCUGUUUUUCUCUUCUCUCCAUCACUGAUUAUCACAUCAGAGGAGAGCAACUUUACAAUAAGCAAUACUCGGAUUUUACGAGGAAACGUUCAGCUGCGACUGUGUGAGGCUGAGCUGAACUUUGGUCUUUCUUAUAGCAAUACAUCUGAACUCCUGUCUUCAAGCUUACUUACUUGAGAAGAUGUGAAUGUUCGAUGGAGUUUUACCCAACACAGCAUUGCAAUAGUUCAUUUUGAUUGUAUAUUCAUUGUAUGUGUGUGUACGUGUGGCUAUAACAUGACUAUAUACACAUAUAUGUAUGGUGUAUGUUUCUAUAAUGAUGUGUUGACAAUAAUAUUACUAUAUGAUGAUGUAUUUAUGUAAAUACUCUAUAAAAUAUAACUAUUGUUGGUAUAAAUUAUUUUAGAAUUAUAAAGUGAAAUGUAACUAAUAUCACAAUAUAGCUUUCUUCCAAUUUUAUAUACACUGAGCAAUUGAAGCUAGUUCUAGGAGAUGCAAUAUUAUCUUUGGUAUUCCUAUUAACCUGUGCUGUUAGAAUAAUUAUGCUUCCUUCUUUCCUUCCUCUCUUUCCUUCAAACUUUUCUUCUGUCUUUGAUGUCUUUCUGAGCCUUUCUGAGCACGCUCUCUGCUGCCCGAGGUUUGUUUACAUGGCCUGGACAAAGAGGUGCUCACUACCGAACACACUCAUAACCUAAUCACACCUGUACAAACACACACACACACACUUUACCUGUCAGAAAGCACAUUUUCUAUAGUCUCACUACUGGCAGGGAAUACCGUUGUUACAAAUACUGUAUGUGUAUAUUAUGUGUAUACUCUGAUGUAUGCACUCCUCCCUCUGCCAUUAACACUCCCUCACGGACUCACCCAUCAACACACAGAACAAUCGUCUGCCCUGUCCCGCUCGCCUUAAGGGACUGAAAGCACAGCUCACUGACGCCACUUACUGCUCCUCCUUUUUUCAGCAAACACACACAUUCACACACGCACACCCUUCCCUCCACCCUCCAAUGGGUAUUCUACGCUGUCUGGAAGUGAUGCUACUGGUGGCAGAGACACCUCUGACAAAGGGCCUUGUUAAACAAUGGGGAAAGACAUAGCACAAACUCCUGGCUAACUAAUUAAAGAUAUAGCAUAGUUAAAAUUUGAAAAAGUGGGACCUUGAAUUGGAUUUAUAUGCCUCCUCUAUGUCACCUGAAUAGAUAUUUGAAGCUGGUGUUUUGCUACCACUUGAUGCCUUUGCCAGUCACUGAAGCCAGGAGCAUCUGACCCUAAAGUAGAUAGAGGAAGUUUCCACGACAAGGAAUUCCUGUGAUGGACUGAAGCUAAGAUACCUGUCAAUCAAGAGAAUGCACUUUAAAGGCCCUGAAAACCAAAUUAGCAACAAUCAAAGUUGAAGUUUGGCAAAAAACAUCCUUUUUAAUAUUUAGUUGAGUUUAACUCUAAUCUGUGGCAAAUGGGACUUUGUGUUCUUGGUUGAUUAGUGUUGCCAAAUCCUGAUUGGUGCACUUGUUGUGACAUCACUUUGUUAUGUUCAUGUGGGGCCCAGUCACUAACAGAAGGUAGCUGAUUUAGAAAACUUGUUUCCAGGACCUUUAAUAUUGCUCUUCAUGGAACAGUGACUCUCAGCAUUUUCACCAAGACCCACAUUUGAGGAAGUGAAAUUAGUUUCUGAGAUCAAAACAUCUUGUAAAAAAGCAUGUGCUGACUUUGUAUUCUGAGACAGAGGUCGGGUCUUUUGAGGAUCUGAAGCCUCUCUUUGCAGUUUGUCGUUCUGCAUCUUUAGGCGUUUCCGCACUGGCCUCAGCUGUCAGCCACGGUGCUGGUCACAAAGUUGCUGUUGAAAGAUUUAUGGAAGAGAGAAAAUAGUUUUGUUGGUUCUAAUUUUUAGUCUCAUGUAUAUUGCUUAUUAAUAUUUGACUGUAUAGUGGUAGUGUUGCGAUUUAAACCUGCUAUAGCACAUACUGGAUUUAUACAAGUAUUAAUUAGAUUGAGAGGUGAGUUAUUCCAUUAAACUCUAAAGUGCUUUAUUCA